ACUCUCUGAUCGGUGGGGGUAAAAAUGGUAAUUGAAAAACACAAAGUUACUACAUCUGCUUUCUUUAGCGCUGCAGUUUCCGUCGCAAACAUGCCUUGCUGCCCUCUGUGUCGCUUACUAAUUUAACUACUAGGAUUCAAAAGAAAGAAAAGGAAACAUUAAAAAAAAAAAAAAAGAGAGAGAAGAGAGAGGAGGAUUUGCCAAAAUUCAGAGAGAGAGAGAGAGAGAGAGAGAGAGGACGAUUUGCAUAAAACCCCCAAUUAACGAACGAAUUGGUGCUUUUACUCCCAAUAUCAAAAGUAGUCUGAUUUGAUUCAUCAUCAUCUUUAUAUCUACCAGAGAGGGAGGAAGAGAGAGACAAUUUGGUGGCUGCCUCCGUGGAGGUGGAGAUGGAGAUCGAUCUCCUCCAUUUGUUGUUUUGUUUUCUCUAAAUAUCUUCCUUCUACGCACGGGGCGUCUUUUGUUUGAGGGUUUGGUGUAGGUGUCUCUGAGACAAAGUUCACCACUGCACAUGGUGUUACCAAAGAUUCCUUUCUGCCAGAUCGAACCUUCUACAUAAAGACUCGAGCGCCUCUGUGAUUUCUUUUCUUUCGGGUAGAAGAUGGCUUCCGAAGAGGAUCAUAUGCAAGGACCUAGCGUCACUGAGGAAAAGAUUUACGUUUCUGUUCGUAUGCGACCUUUAAACGACAAGGAACGGUUAAGGAAUAAUGUCCCCGACUGGGACUGCAUCAACAAUACAACUAUCAUUUACAGGAGCCAGCUUUCUAUCUCUGACCGUUCCAUGUAUCCUUCUGCUUACACGUUUGACAGAGUGUUUGGCCCUGAGAGUUGUACGAGGCAUGUCUAUGACCAAGGUGCUAAGGAAGUCGCUUUCUCCGUUGUCAGUGGCGUUAAUGCUAGUGUAUUUGCGUAUGGGCAAACAAGCAGUGGAAAGACUUACACUAUGAGCGGAAUUACCGACUGUGCCUUGGUUGAUAUAUAUGACUACAUUGGCAAGCACAAAGAAAGAGAAUUCAUUCUAAAGUUCUCUGCCAUGGAGAUCUACAAUGAGUCUGUAAGAGAUCUCUUAAGUACAGAUACUAGUCCACUCAGACUUUUAGAUGACCCUGAGAAAGGGACAGUUGUUGAGAAACUCACUGAGGAAACUCUGCUCGACUGGAACCAUUUCAAGGAACUCCUCUCUGUCUGCGAAGCUCAACGGCAAAUUGGAGAGACAGCUCUAAAUGAAGUUAGCUCCCGCUCUCAUCAAAUUCUGAGAUUGACAGUUGAAAGCACGGCUCGUGACUUUUCCACCAAUGAUAAGUUUAGUACACUAACAGCGACAGUGAACUUCAUUGAUCUUGCUGGAAGUGAACGUGCAUCUCAAUCAUUAUCAGCCGGCACAAGGUUAAAAGAAGGUUGUCAUAUAAACCGAAGUUUGUUAACACUAGGAACUGUGAUCCGUAAGCUAAGUAAAGGAAAAACUGGGCACAUUCCGUUCAGAGAUUCAAAACUGACGCGCAUACUGCAGUCUUCUUUGGGAGGAAAUGCAAGAACAGCCAUUAUUUGCACUAUGAGCCCUGCGAGAAUCCAUGUUGAGCAAUCAAGAAACACACUGUUAUUUGCCAGCUGCGCAAAGGAGGUGACAACAAAUGCACAAGUCAAUGUUGUCAUGUCUGACAAAGCUUUAGUGAAACACUUGCAGAGGGAGUUGGCUAAACUGGAAAGUGAGUUGAGAAGCCCUGGUCAGGCUUCCAUUGUAUCUAACACUACUGCAUUACUGACGGAGAAAGACCUCGAGGUUGAAAAGCUAAAGAAAGAGGUAUUCCAACUAGCACAACAACUAGAGCAAGCUCGUUCUGAGAUUGAGGAUCUACGACGAAUGGUUGGAGAAGAAAAACAACGAGAAAAAGAGACACUAGCAACAGAAACAAUAGAGGUAAAUGCUCUUCUGGAACAUCAAUACCCCAAGCUGCGAGUGCGCAGUACAUGGGACUCUGAGAAGACAACACCACUGAGCCCUAUAUCAGCUCACCGCUCCAGUAUAUCUCCACGAUCAACUGAAUAUAGUUAUGAAGAAAAUGUCUCCCAGCUAUCAGAUUUUAGGAUUGAUUCUGCAUCAAGUAGUCCGCUUCAACAGCUUGCGUUUGUAACUCGUUUCCCUAAGGUCCCACUUGAUAUUCACAGGACAGAAACUAUACACCAAUCUCAUGUUCACAUAGAGGAGAUUGCAGAUCAACCUCAUGUUCACAUAGAAGAGAAUGCACAUCAACCUCAUGUUCAGGAGGAAUGGUUUGAUGAAAAGGCCGAACAGGCUGACAGGAAUUCUGAGGAUAAUUGCAGGGAAGUUCGGUGCAUAGAAACGGAAAAGUUAGAUAUCACUAUAGGUCUAGAGAAAACUAUGCCCGAGAGCAGUCCAGGCAAAUGCGAGGCUGUGAAUGUAGCAGAACCAGUAUGUGUGAUAGAGCCAAAGAACUUACGACCCCUCACAGAAGCAAAAAACGAAGAAGAAGAAAGAGUAAAGGAAGUCAGUGGUGCCUCUCCUCAAGCAAGACAAAAAAGCAAUCUCAAAAAGAUUCCUCCACUCUGUGAUUUUGAAUGUUCUCCUGUUGAGUUUGAUUCGACCAUGUCUAACCUGAGAAGAAUCCCGACGCCUCCAGCACUUAUCACUCCCUCUCCAAAAACGCUUUUCACUUGGCAUAGGGAGACAGAUUCACAACCGUUCGUAGGCAUGAAGCUGAGCCGAAGUCAAAGCUGCCGAGCAAGCUUCUUAUCGAGCUCUUCCUCCUCUUGGGUUGAGAAAGAUGCUGAUACACCGCCAAGCUGGUACGACAAAGAAUUUGUCAAAACAGCUGAGAACAACCUGGAAAUGUGCGAUAUCAGGAACCUGCAGGAUGAGUUUGGCGGAAGGAGCAUGCCAACAACUUGGUUUGAGAGAAGCUUGAGUGACACUCAAACGACGCAUGAUGCUUCACAUGGUAUCAGUAACGAAACAGAUUCGCCAAUUGAAACACCGUCCCGGCCAUCUGAUGCUUCUGUGUUUGAGCUCCAGACAAGUGGUAGAGCUUCGAUAAGCCAGGACAGAACAGAGGAGACUGCUGCUCAAAAAGACAAACAAAUCAUCCAUCGCUCGAUGGAGGAAAUGGAACAGAAGUUCUUAGCCUUGAGUUCAACAAAGAGUUUCAAGGACGCAGCGGUGGACCCAAUACAAGACUACUUAGACACGCCCUUGAAUUGGCCGGAGGAGUUCAAGAGGCUACAGAGUGAGAUAAUAGAGCUAUGGCACGUGUGUAACGUCUCUAUGGCUCACAGAAGCUACUUCUUCCUUUUGUUCAGAGGAGAUCAGAAAGAUUGCUUGUACUUGGAGGUAGAGCUCCGUAGACUUAAGUACAUCAGAGAAUCUUUUGCUCAAAAUAGCAACGAAGGGGGCAAUAUGACGACCCUAAUCUCCUGCACGAGGGGGUUGACGAGGGAGAGGUAUAAGCUGAGCAAGCUGAUGCAGAGGAAAUUGUCGAAAGAAGAGAGAGAGAACUUGUUCAUGAGAUGGGACAUUGGGUUGAACACGAGGCACAGGCGGGUCCAGCUGGCACACCGGCUGUGGUCGGAUUACAAAGACAUGGGUCAUGUCCGAGAGAGCGCCUCCCUGGUGGGUAAGCUCCACGGGUUCGUGGACAUGAAUUCGACGUCCAGAGAGAUGUAUGCAUUCAGACCACCUCGUCCCAAGAAAUCUAGUCUUUGGAAACGCAGCGUUUUGUCCCUCUCCUUUUUGUAACCUAACUCUCUAAUCAACCACAGACCUUCAUCGCCUCUCCUGCAGUUAGUGAAUUUUGAAGAUCGUGGCUUUCUGUGUCUCUGUGUUUAUUUCCUAUUUGAGUCAGAAUUGCCAUAAAAUUUGAUUGGAAAAUGUUUAUAUAUCUACAUUUGCAGCA